AAGGACUUCUUGUUGCAUUUGAGAGUAUGUGUUGCACAGGGAAGGAGUUUAUAACAUAUUUAAUCUCAUUCAUGAAUCGAACUUCCUUUUUAAGUCAUGGAUGACAAGGCUUCUGUUGGAAAAAUCAGUGUCUCUUCAGACUCGGUAUCCACUCUUAACAGUGAAGAUUUUGUCUUGGUUUCCAGGCAAGGGGAUGAAACACCAUCUACAAAUAAUGGUAGUGAUGAUGAAAAAACAGGAUUGAAGAUUGUGGGGAAUGGAAGCGAGCAGCAGCUGCAGCGGGAGCUGGAAGACGUGCUGAUGGAUCCACCCAUGGAAGAUCAGUCCAGUGACAGGGACCAUGGAGAAGAAGUCAGAACUGAUGGAGAUGGGGAAGAACCUGUUGUUCUUGAAGCGUCAGCAUCCUCUACCAUUAACCCGGUGUCGGUGGUAGGACUCCAGAAACCAGAAAUGAGCCUGCCAGUGAAACCAUCCCAAGGAGACUGUGAGGAUUUGAGCCCGUUCACGCCCGUGACAGACGAGGACAGCGUGGUGUUCAGCAAGCUGACCUACCUGGGCUGUGCCUCGGUCAACGCCCCGCGCAGCGAGGUGGAGGCUCUGCGCAUGAUGUCCAUCCUGCGUGGCCAGUGCCAGAUCUCCCUGGACGUCACCCUGUCGGUGCCCAACGUCUCCGAGGGCACUGUGAGACUUUUAGAUCCUCAGACAAACACAGAAAUAGCAAAUUAUCCAAUCUAUAAAAUCCUUUUCUGUGUACGAGGGCACGAUGGGACCCCUGAAAGUGAUUGCUUUGCUUUCACUGAAAGCCACUACAAUGCAGAACUCUUCAGGAUUCAUGUCUUCCGAUGUGAAAUCCAAGAGGCUGUGAGCCGAAUCCUGUACAGCUUUGCCACUGCCUUCCGGCGCUCCGCCAAACAGACCCCACUGUCAGCCACUGCCACCCCCCAGACUCCAGACAGUGACAUCUUCACCUUCUCCGUGUCCCUGGAAAUCAAAGAAGAUGAUGGGAAAGGUUAUUUCAGUGCAGUUCCCAAAGACAAAGACAGACAAUGCUUCAAACUCCGCCAAGGGAUUGAUAAGAAGAUAGUGAUUUAUGUGCAACAGACAACGAAUAAAGAACUUGCUAUUGAAAGAUGUUUUGGCCUUCUCCUCAGCCGUGGGAAAGACGUUCGGAGUGGAGACAUGCACCUUUUGGAUUUGGAGUCCAUGGGUAAAAGUUCUGAUGGGAAAUCCUACGUGAUCACUGGGAGCUGGAAUCAAAAGUCUCCACACUUCCAGUUUGUAAAUGAAGAAACACCAAAAGAUAAAGUGUUGUUCAUGACCACUGCUGUGGAUUUGGUGAUAACUGAGGUGCAGGAGCCUGUUCGGUUCAUUCUGGAGACUAAAGUCAGAGUUUGCUCACCUAAUGAGAGGCUGUUCUGGCCCUUCAGCAAACGGAGCUCAACUGAAAAUUUUUUCUUAAAAUUGAAGCAGAUAAAGCAAAAGGACAGGAAGAACAACUCGGACACGCUGUAUGAGGUCGUGUGCCUGGAGAGUGAGUCAGAGAGGGAGAGGAGGAAAACCACAGCCAGCCCCUCUCUCCGCCUGCCCCAGUCAGGAUCACAGGGCUCCAUGAUCCCAUCUCCUCCAGAGGAUGAUGAAGAGGAAGACAAUGAUGAACCACUCUUAAGUGGUUCUGGAGAUGUUUCCAAAGAGUGUGCAGAAAAAAUCCUUGAAACUUGGGGAGAGCUGCUGUCCAAGUGGCACCUGAACCUGAGCGUGCGGCCCAAGACGCUGUCGGCGCUGGUGCGCAGCGGCGUCCCCGAGGCGCUGCGGGGCGAGGUGUGGCAGCUGCUGGCAGGGUGUCACAACAACGACCACCUGGUGGAGAAGUACAGGAUCCUCAUCACAAAGGAGUCUCCACAGGACAGUGCCAUCACCCGAGACAUCAAUCGAACGUUCCCUGCUCAUGAUUAUUUUAAAGAUACUGGGGGAGAUGGCCAGGACUCCCUGUACAAAAUAUGCAAGGCCUACUCUGUGUAUGAUGAAGAGAUUGGCUACUGCCAGGGCCAGUCAUUCCUCGCUGCUGUGCUGCUGUUACAUAUGCCUGAGGAGCAAGCUUUCAGUGUUCUGGUCAAAAUCAUGUUUGAUUAUGGACUCAGGGAACUUUUCAAACAGAACUUUGAAGAUUUGCACUGCAAGUUCUAUCAGCUGGAGCGCCUCAUGCAGGAAUACAUUCCUGAUCUGUACAACCACUUUCUGGAUAUCAGCCUUGAAGCACACAUGUAUGCUUCCCAGUGGUUCCUCACCCUGUUCACUGCAAAAUUCCCUCUCUACAUGGUCUUCCAUAUUAUUGACUUACUCCUAUGUGAGGGAAUAAGUGUUAUCUUCAAUGUUGCAUUGGGAUUGUUAAAAACUACCAAGGAUGAUUUGUUGCUGACUGACUUUGAAGGGGCUCUGAAGUUCUUCCGGGUGCAGCUGCCCAAGCGCUACCGCUCGGAGGAGAACGCCAAGAAGCUGAUGGAGCUGGCCUGCAACAUGAAGAUUAGCCAGAAGAAGCUGAAGAAAUAUGAAAAGGAAUAUCAUACCAUGAGAGAGCAGCAGGCUCAACAGGAGGAUCCUAUAGAAAGAUUUGAGCGCGAGAACCGGCGCCUGCAGGAAGCCAACAUGAGGCUGGAGCAGGAGAACGACGACCUCGCCCACGAGCUGGUCACCAGCAAGAUUGCACUGAGGAAGGACUUGGACAAUGCAGAGGAGAAGGCAGAUGCCCUCAAUAAGGAGCUGCUAAUGACCAAACAGAAGCUGAUUGAUGCAGAAGAAGAAAAGAGGCGCCUGGAGGAAGAAUCUGCUCAGCUGAAGGAAAUGUGUCGUAGGGAACUAGAUAAGGCAGAGUCAGAGAUCAAAAAGAACAGCUCAAUUAUUGGUGACUACAAACAGAUUUGUUCCCAGCUGAGCGAGCGACUGGAAAAGCAACAAACAGCAAAUAAAGCUGAAAUUGAGAAAAUACGGCAAAAGGUGGAUGACUGCGAGCACUGCCGCCAGUUCUUCAGUAAGGAAGGCCGUGUGAAGGUUGCCAGCACUGCCAAGGAUGGUUCAGACGAGGACACGGAUGAGGAGAAGGAAACACUGAAGAACCAGCUGAGGGAAAUGGAGCUUGAGCUGGCCCAGACCAAGCUGCAGCUUGUGGAGGCGGAAUGUAAAAUACAGGAUUUGGAGCACCAUUUGGGUCUGGCCCUGAAUGAAGUACAAGCUGCAAAGAAAACAUGGUUCAACAGAACAAUAAGCUCUAUAAAAACAGUGACUGGAGUCCAAGGAAAAGAGACUUGUUGAAAAGCAGUUCUGUCAAACACACCUUCUUAACACAACACCUUUUGUUGCCUUCCUUGGCCAGAUGUUUAAUUCUGUGACAUGAGAGGACCAGAAUGUAAAUAUAAUAGAAACACAGCAUGUCAGGAUUUCAAUAGGUCAGUGAUAAAGAGGAUGGAAACACAAGAGAGGUUUUAUUGCUAGACAUGGGAUGUUCAUACUACUGAUAUUUAACAGGUGAUGUAGCUAGAUUGAAGCUCUUCCGAGAAACACUCCAUUCUGCGUCUGGCUGGAGGCUUUUCACAGACUAGGUACGAGAACUUACCAAACCCUAAUUGUUAAGUUUACAUAUGAUAGGUUUUUUUACAGUUAUAACCUUUUUUAAUAUUUUAUUUGAAAGGAAAAGUGUCACUAACAAAG